UAGGUGGACACCAUCAUGAUAUCAACGAGGAAAUCUAUCUCUGAGGAAGAGAUAUCCUGUCCUCAGUGCUCCAACAUUUAUACUUACCCUGUUCUUUUACUAUGUGGACACAACGUUUGCAAACUUUGCCUGCACAACUUCUGGGAGUGGAAAAAGUGUCAAGAAUGUCCCGUGUGCGGCACUGAGUCUUCCUCUGGGAUGCCUCCUGUCAACCAGGAUCUGAAGUUAGUCGUGGAUCAGUUUCAAAACAAAAAGCCUAUGGCUCAGGAGAUUUGUGCGCUUCAUAAGGAGAAACUGAAGGUUUUUUGCGACAAUGAUGAGGUUCCCAUCUGUCUCGUCUGCCAAAUAUCAAGGGACCAUAAAAUGCACAAGUGCUGCCCAGUGGAGGAAGCAGCUCAACAGAAAAAGACAGAAAUGUCUAACAUCAUUGGGUCCUUGAGAAAGAAAGUAAGAACAAUGAGUAAAACAAAACACCAAUGGGAGGAGAUCAAAACUUAUAUAAAGACUCAAAGUAAUGACAUUGAGAUGGCGAUAAAGGGGGAAUUUCUGCAGCUUCACCAGUUCCUCAAGGAUGAAGAAGAUAUGAGACUGAGAAUUCUCAAACAGGAAGAGCAAAUAAAAAUACAGGUCAUGUGUAGUAAGAUUGAAGACAUAGACAAGGAGAUCCAGGCUCUCAACUCCACCAUCAGCAAAGUAGAUAUUAUCCUCAGAGCAAAGGAUUUGCCAUUCCUACAGGAAUACAAGCGAACAAAGCAAAGCGUCAAUCGCAACUUCCAGGAACCUGAGACCAUGAGAGAAAUUUUGAUUAAUUCUGCCAAGCAUCUGGGAAUACUCAAGUUUACAGUUUGCCAGAAGAUGUUGAAAAAUGUCAAAUAUGGUAAGAACAUUUGCUAUUAGGUUAAUAAAACCACCAAUUAACCUUUAAAAAAAAAUGUUUUUUAUAUAUUCAUUAAACAGUGAUUAUGUUGUGACAGUU